GUUGUUUCUGGUCAGAAAUCUGUGAGACUUGAAUCCACAUUCUCAAGUCAAAAUGAUUCUUUACCCUUUCAUCUUCAUACGCAAUCUGAGCCAAAGCCGACUUCCCUAAUCCUGGUGAUCCAAUUAUAGGAAUGACAGAUACGCUGGUUCCUUCUUCUCUGUGUUUCUUUAUGAGUUUCUUCUUUUCAUUAUCCCUCCCAAAAACUAUAUUUUCAGAGAGAGUGUAAGAAUGAGGAGGUCCAAUUGAGCCAUGCUUACUCUUCAAUUGAUUCCCCAAGUCAUCCAAACCUUUGCUUAACUCAUUAAUUUGUAUAGCAAUUGCUUUUUCUGUAAGUCUGUUACUGGCAUUGACCACUCUCUGCAAGGCACGACCGAGGUUUCUCCCCAGAUUCCCAUUCUGAUUUCUUGAAAGCCUUCCACCAUGAUAGCGAGCGAGAAUUUCAUCAAGGAGGUCAUCAGCUUGAUGCAGCAGAGCCCCUAGAUUCCCAAGGCUACUGCCAUUCGAAUGAUCAUCCUUUUGGAAUGCUGCUACUGCACCAUGAACAACACCAACUGCUUCCUUCAAUGUCUCAAGCUCUUCCAUUGAAGAUAAUAUCUCUGCAUUGUUCAAGUUAUUCAAGGUUCUUUUAAGGUUCAUCAAUAUGACUCCUUCAGCUGCGGUUCUUUUGUUGGCUGAAACUAAUGGAGGCAUGUUGAUACAGGAUGUCGAGUGGGUCUCCUUGUGCUUCAAAAAAAUGUUAUUGUGGCAUUCCAUCCAAGAUGUUGACAUCGUGGACAACUGAUAACCCGGGGAGAAAAUUCCUGACUUGUAAGUUCUCUGAUGUACACACUGGUAGGAAAGGAUGUGGUUGGUUUUAUUGGGUUGAUCCUGAUGUUGUGGAGUGGCAAAGAGUCGUGACGAAUGAACUGGUGGUGGAGAAGAGAUUGCUGAAAACAGAGUUGAGGGUCAUGAUGACAGAAUUGCAGAAGUUGGAGGAUGACAAAGCCCUUCUUGUUGCUGCCAAUGAGAGGCUUGAAAGGAUAUGCAAUGGUGGAGUGGCUGGAAUGAAGGGGACAAAGGAUAAGGGCCAAGAAAUUGUCCAUUCUGUAUUUUGGUUUGUUGUAGGAUUAGUUGUUUGUUGUGUGUUGAAGUUUGUAAUGAAGUUCCUCUAGUGUAAACGCGACAAUGGAACGGGAAAUUGGAUUUCAUGUAAUGUAAUGUAAUGUUGUUGACAUUAGUUGACUCUAAUCAUUUAAUAAUGGUAAUUCUAGCUUAUGACAA